AUGGAAUCUCCGAAGAAGAUAGCUCACGAGAUCGGUGGUGUUAAGAACGACCCUCUUCGUUUUGGUCUCCAAGGCGUUAAGAGCGACAUCGUCGGAUCUCACCCUCUCGAAUCGUCUUACGAAUCUGAAAAGAAAUCGCAUGAGGCGAUGAAAAGGAAUAUGACUGCGCAAAUCUACGGAUCUGCACUUCCACUGAAGAUGGAUAUGGACAGGCAAAUCCUCUCACGGUUUCAGAGACCUUCCGGGCCAAUUCCAUCGUCAAUGCUCGGUCUAGAAGUCUGCACAGGAGCGUUGGAUAACUUUGGCUUUGAGGAUUACUUGAAUGAUCCUCGUGACUCGGAGACAUUCAAGCCUGUAGACUUGCACCACGGGAUGGAAGUUCGUCUUGGUAUCUCAAAGGGUCCGGUUGCCCCAAGUUUCAUGUAA